CAUUAUUUUCGCUGUCAUUGUCAAAACCAAAAAUGGCCGAUGCUUGUCAGGUUCUUCGAAAACAAGAUCUGCCUCCUCCGGGGGGCUAUAAACCGAUUCCUUUUAAAAGGGUACCCGCAAAACAAUUCUUUAGUGGGUACACUCUAUUCGCUGGUUACAUUGGUAUGACCAUUGGUGCCAUCUAUUUGUACCAAUUAACUGAUAAAAGAAUCAAGAGACAUGAGAUCGAGAUGCGAUCCUCGAAAAUGGCCAUUUACCCGAUGUUACUGGCGGAACGUGACAGGGAAUACUUGAAGCAACUCAGGAGGAACCGGGAUGCUGAGGCUGAACUGAUGAAAGAUGUUCCCGGAUGGGAGGUUGGUACAUACUAUGGUGAGCCUGUAUACAAGCUUGUGCCCCAAGAUGCUCUUGUGGAGCCAAUCUUCCAUGAAUAUUAUGCACACACCAACCCCGUGGAAUGGUUUAGGAGAGCUUACAUUAAAUUGCGCUCUUAAAUACUCAUUUUAGUCUAUUUCUCAAUAAUUAUUACAAUAUUGGCUUUAUGUUCCAAAAAUUGUUUUGUCUGGAUCUAUUUUGAAGUUUGAGAAAUAGACCAAAUUGGUAAAAUUAGCACGCAAAGGAAGUAAUUUAUGUAGUUGCAUUGAAUAAAUACAAUUUUGUUUUAUUGGA